AUCAGAUCCAAGCAUGUCGUUUUACGCAGAGGGGUCGCCCCUCUUCAAGGAGUGGCUAGAUUUAACGGCGAACCGAUUGACCGCAGCAUCGCUGGAGCCAUUGAAUGCCAAUGAUGCCCUUAUCAUCAUUGACAUGCAAGCUGACUUCGUGCCCAAGAACCCGAGCAACCCUCAUGGUGGUCGCUUUGGCGUUGCCGAAGGUGACAAUGUGAUUCCUUUGAUCGAAUCCCUGGUGGAUGCUGCUGUUACAGGUGGGGCCAGCAUUUGUGCUACAAGAGACUACCAUCCACACGAUCACUGCUCUUUCAAUAUCACUGGUGGACCAUUCCCUCCACACUGCGUUCAGGGCAGCAUGGGCAGUUACUUUCAUCCGCGAAUAGGAGCCAAGCUGACUCAGGUAAUGAAGCAGAACGGUGAGAAUGUCAUGGUGGCGUUCAAAGCCUUCCAUGAGCACAUAGAUAGCUUUGGAGCGUUUCCCUAUUUUGAUGGUGGUGAUGGGAGAUUGACAAAGAAGGGCAGCAGUGACAAUGCAUUUGGAGUGAAUAUGGGCUGUGCCAAAGCGCCGUUCACUGGAUCUGUGAUUCUCAAGCAGUCUUUGCUGGCAACAGAAGAGCUGGACAUCAACGCUCCUCCAGAUGUCCUAGCGAUUUUGAAUGAUGGAGUCGACAGGAAACUUAGGACACUCCAUGACGUGGUCAAAGACAAGAAGCGGCUUUUUGUUUGCGGUUUGGCCCUCGACUUCUGCGUUCUGGACAGUUGCCUCAAUGCCAUUGGGGCUGGCCUAUCUGAGGUCUGCAUGGUGCUGGAUGCCGCCCGAGCAGCUCACAUUCCUGGUGUGGGUACCUUUGGUUCAGGCUUUCUCUCAGACCCCACCGAGGUCGUCGGCAAAAUGGAAGCUGCCGGUGUUAAAGUGAUCGAUUCUGCGACCCUCUCUGGUGUAUCACCAGGUCAAUUCAAAGAACGGUUGCUUCUUCCUGAUGAGCAGGCUUUUCCACAGGUAUUGGCACCUUUGGGCCUUUCGCAUGCCCAGAUCGAGUGCAGACUGAUCGAAGGUAGCAAGUUCCAAGUUGAGCUGACAGGCAAGCUAGCUUCAGUGUCGCUGACCGACUGCACAGGGAAGUGCAGCCCGCGAGCAAAGCUGCCUUUGAACUGGACCAAUGCUCCAAAGGGAGCUGUGGAAUUGUGUUGGGCAGAUCCUGUGGUGAGCAGUGCAAAUGCUGCUGAAAACUUGCAGAAGAAUUUCCUAGCGGUGAGCGCUUCACCGGAACUCUGCUUCUUGGCCUAUGGUGGCUUUUUCCUUCUGGACUCCGAGAGCAAAGUCGUAGCUGUGCAGGCUGUGACUGGGGAUACCACCCAAGCCUGCCUGAAGUUUGAAGAGCCCCGCAAAUGGCGGGAAGCCUUUACCCAAGUGCUCAAAGAUGCAGGAAGGUUCAAACCAGUGACGUUGCCAGCACUUCUGCGUCAGGGUGCGUGUGAGUUCGCAUGGGUAAACCCCAAGGAGGACCUUGUUGCGGGACCUGAACAUUGGAUUCCCAGUGAAACUGGAGCCUAUGUGUACCUCUUGUCCAAUGCGUCACCUGUGUAUUUCCCAGUGGUGGAGGCUGCGGCCGAUUCAAACCUGUCGUCCAAGCUGACCAAGCUCAUUCAGCAGGAUCUUGGCGAGAAAGACAGUGCAACGGACAAGGAAAAGGUGACAGCCUUGCUCUGCAAGUUGGGCUGCGAAGGGCCAGAAGUUGAGUCGUUGAUGCAGGUCUACAUGCAGGACCGCUCUGAACCUUUUACCAUCUCCAGCUUCAUGGCUUGGAUGUGGAACUGAUGGCCAUUUGGUCAGCUGUGUAUAAUGGUACAUAGUAGUACAUAGCACCUGUCCGGCAUGGUGCCGCGCCACCAAAGGUGACCGGCAAUUCAACUGAGCGAUUUUUUGGGCAGGAAUCUUUAAAAUAAGCUUUCUGCUAGCGCAGCUGAUUUCCAGUCCCAUGCAGGCAUCAAAA